GAUAACACGUUUACACAACACAACUCGUCGUCUGUGACGUCAUCCACCUCACCUAUUACCUGAAGUCUCACGCAACUACCAUCAUGGCAUGUCUGCACCCGUGGGCUACUUCCGGUCCAGGCCUGUCCGUACCGGGACACACCGUCACAAAGUUGGGUGGGGGCGCUUCUGACACGAACGCACACGACCGAGUGAGCGGAUAGACCCUUAAAAAAAAAAAAAGACUACAAAAAAGUUGGAUUACUUACGACGUGACGCAGGUGACGUCACCGGCCGCUGGAAAAGUGAGGACGAAAAGUUGUGGGCCGCGGCCGAGCGAAACUCCCAGGGCUCGGAGCACUCGACACCCGGCGGACUUUUGACGUCUUUCGGUCGUCCGGGCGAACGUGUGGUCCCGAGCUGUCCAAUGGAGCGAGCAGACCGUCGACUGGUGAAGAAUCAACCGUAUGAUGAGAGUGUGGAUGUGAGCGACUCGGCGGAGGACUCAAGCGUCUACAGGCGCAGUCAAGUGAAGUCCGGGAAGAGCUCAAGGGGGACUGGCCAGUUGUCAGCCCACAGCAGCAGUGACGAGUGUGAUGAAGAGCGCGAGCCUCAGAGAGUCAAAGGGCCAAUUGGCGGGCAGCCUGAGGUUAGCCUCAACGAGGAGGAUGACGAGUCCGAAGAGGACUCGGAGUCGGACUCCGAUGACGACGACGAGACAGGCGAAGCUCCUGAGGGAGCGUACGACCCGGCCGACUACGCCAACUUGCCCGUCAGCACCGAGAUUAAAGAGCUGUUCCAGUACAUCGUACGGUACACCCCUCAGUCCAUGGAGCUGGAACACAGCCUGAGACCGUUCAUUCCAGACUUCAUCCCAGCCGUGGGCGACAUCGACGCCUUCCUCAAGGUGCCAAGGCCUGACGGCAAACCCGACGGACUGGGAAUGCUGGUUCUGGACGAGCCCAGCGUCAGGCAGUCGGACCCCACAGUUCUGUCGCUGUGGUUGUCUGAGGAGACCAAGCAGCACGGAAACACAGAGGUGAAAGUGACGAGCGUGUCCAGUCCCCAGUCCAACCCUCGUGCCGUGGACAGCUGGGUGGACAGUAUAGGCGCCCUGCACCGCUCCAAGGCAGCGGCCAGCGUGCAGUAUGCGCGUGCCAUGCCGGACAUCGACGCCCUCAUGCAGGAGUGGCCGCCAGAUGUGGAGGAGACGCUGGGCCAGGUGCACCUGCCCCCCGCCCGCCUCAGCUGUAGCCUGCCGCAGUAUUGCGACGUCGUGUGCGCCCUGCUGGACAUUCCUGUGUACAGCAGCCGCAUCCAAGCACUGCACCUCCUCUUCAGCCUUUUCCUGGAGUUCCGAGACUCGCAGCACUUUGCACGCACUUGACGCCCUCCAUGCUCACACUUGACGCUCUCAAUGCCAAGAACAUCAACUCUAACUUUUUACUCCUGCAAUGUCUUUACCAUCUUUUAUGGGGGGAGAAUUCAAUAAAAAACUGAAGUGGAGCCUUUUAGUAAUUUUA